UUUUACGCAGCGGUCGGUGGAUGUUGACCUGUCGAGUAGAGGAUUCACGUCCGUUAUUUGAGUGAAAUUUCGAGAAACUCUGGUCGACGCAACAUGGUUAACCAGAGAGCGGACCCGUGUCGGCAGUCAUGUAGGAGCGACUCCAGCGGGACCAGCAACAGCGGAGAGAGCUCGAAGGAAAGCUCGAGGUGCUCAACCCCCGUGCUGGACGCCGACCGAACCGACCGAUUGCGAGAAAAGAUGAGACGCAGGAUCGAGUCAGGGGACCGCUGGUUCUCCCUGGAGUUUUUCCCCCCUCGCACGACCAGUGGUGCGGUGAAUUUAAUAUCCAGAUUCGACCGUAUGGGAUCUGGCGGGCCUCUCUUCAUUGAUAUAACCUGGCAUCCAGCAGGAGACCCGGGGUCCGACAAAGAAACCUCCUCGAUGAUGAUCGCUAGUACGGCAGUCAAUUACUGUGGCCUGGAAAGCGUGCUACAUCUCACGUGCUGCAAACAGACGAAAGAGAAAAUCACAGAUCACCUCACCAAAGCCAAGCGUCUGGGUCUGAAGAACAUCAUGGCUCUAAGGGGAGAUCCCAUAGGAGCAGACUGGGAAGAAGAAGUGGGGGGAUUCAGCUAUGCGACAGACCUGGUGAAACACAUCUGCAGUGAAUUUGAUCAUUACUUUGACAUCUGUGUUGCUGGGUACCCAACGGGGCACCCGGAGGCUGAGAACUAUAAAGCAGACCUGCUGCACCUGAAGGAGAAGGUGGACGCGGGUGCGGACUUCAUCGUUACACAGCUCUUCUUCAGAGCCGAGACCUUCCUCACGUUCGUCAAGGACUGUCGUGCCAUCGGCAUCAACUGCCCCAUUCUGCCUGGAAUCUUUCCCCUGCAGGGUUACCACUCCCUGCGGCAGCUGGUCAAGCUGUCCAAGCUGGAGGUGCCGGAGGAGAUCACGCGCGUGAUCGAACCCAUCAAGGACAACGACGCCGCCAUCCGCAACUUUGGCGUGCAGCACGCCGUGGAAAUAUGCAAGGUCCUGCUGGCUAGCGGGGAGGUUCCCGGCCUGCACUUCUACACGCUCAACCGGGAGGUGGCUACCAUGGAGGUGCUCCGGCAGCUGGGCUUGUGGGCAGAAGACCCCAGGCGACCUUUGCCCUGGGCUAUCAGUGCUCAUCCCAAACGGAAGGUGGAGGACGUCAGGCCGAUCUUCUGGGCCACGAGGCCCAAAAGCUACAUCUACAGGACUCAGGACUGGGAUGAUUUCCCUAAUGGAAGAUGGGGUAACUCAUCAUCUCCUGCCUUUGGAGAGCUGACAGAUUACUACCUGUUCUACUUGAAGAGCAAGUCUCCGAGAGAGGCCCUGUUGAAGAUGUGGGGAGAGGAACUAACCAGUGAGCAGAGCGUGUAUGAAGUCUUCACCAACUAUAUCACAGCUCAGCCCAACCAUAAUGGACACAAGGUGAUGUGCCUGCCAUGGAAUGAUGACCCUCUGGCUCCAGAGACGAACAUGCUGAAAGAGGACCUGGAGAAGGUGAAUCGCAGAGGUGUCCUCACCAUCAACUCCCAGCCCAACAUCAACGGCAAGCCUUCUUCCGACCCCGUCGUAGGCUGGGGACCACCGGGUGGAUAUGUCUUCCAAAAGGCAUACCUGGAAUUUUUCACCUCAAGUGAAAAUGUGAAUGCACUUCUUAAAGUGCUGAAGAAAUAUGAACCUCGUGUGAAUUACCAUAUUGUCAAUGUGCAGGGCAAGAAUAUCACAAACGCACCUGAUAUGCAGCCCAAUGCUGUAACCUGGGGGAUUUUCCCAGGCAGAGAAAUUAUUCAGCCAACGGUGGUGGAUCCAGUUAGCUAUAUGUACUGGAAGGAUGAGGCGUUUACACUGUGGAUCGAACAGUGGGGGAAGCUGUACGAAGCCGAGUCACCUUCCCAAAUGAUUAUCCAGUACAUCCAUGACAACUACUUCCUGGUCAACCUAGUGGACAAUGACUUCCCCCUAGACAGCUGCUUGUGGCAGGUCAUCGACAGCAUGUUUGAACUAAUAGACGCACCCCCAGAACCUUUUGAUCAGGAGGGCGCACAGUAGCUUUAAAACGUAGCAAGUUUAUUGCUACUUUAUUGUAGGAGUUCAUGAAUACAUGCACUGACAAAUCAAUACAAACUUCUGUAACAACAUCAAAUAUUUAUUCCUUUAAAAAAGUUUAGUUGUUACAUAAAAUUACUGUAUAAUGAGUAAUUUACAUAGCAUUAUUUAUAUUAAUGCUGACCGAGAGGACUAUUUUAGAAUGCAACUUUAUGUAAGUGAGCCGAUACGGUUAGAGACCGUAGUAAUUGGUGGCACACAAGAUGACAUGCCUACAUUUAUGAUGGCACUAAAAUUUCCAGGGGUUAUGGAGAGCCUUUAUUUGUGUUUUUAAUUAAAUGGGUUUUAAGCUACA